AUGUCCAAAGACUCCUCCCCAACCUACAUCCACAUGCACCACCCCCGACUGGCAGACUACUUCGAGGACUUCACGCGGCCGCACUCAUCGCUGUACUCCAACCUCGCGGCGGCAGCCGCCCAGCAGCCACAGCACCACCACCCCCCACCGCAACAACACAACGGAAGCGGCUCCGCGACAGCAGCAGCAGUGACAUACGGCUCCGCCGCCUCCCCCGCGACCAUGGUCCCCUCUUUUCUCCCCAUAGAGGACAUCUACGUCCCGCCGCAGUACCAGCCUCUCAACCCGGAAGACGAGGACGAUAUCGUGCCCGACCAGCACGCCGCGUUCGGCAUCACGCGCGCCAUGGACGCCGCCACCGCGACUCGCAGGGAGCCCGUAUGGAGGGAUUUUGGCCUUCACGAGCUCGUCCGCGGUGCGCGUGUCGGUGGUGGCUCCACUCACGGUCCUCAUGGCGGCGGUGCUCUGCAUGGCCAUGGCCUUACCGCGGGGUUUCUGCCUGCUGCUGCCUUGUCUGGCUCGUCGGCUGUUGCGGCGGGUUGGCGGUUGAAACAAGCGGGGGCGUUGAUGGGUGGGAGGAGGACGAGAUGUUUGCGGUAG